AACAACAUAUCAAAAUAGGGACACCAUUCAAAUACAUAUAUCAUAUCAAAGCAUGAACUAAACACUAAAGAAACCUGAAAAUAUUACCAUCCGCAACACAAUGUCGGACUACAAGUACCAUUAUAAGAAAGAUGCCAUUUUUAAUAUCGACAACCAGUCACAUCAAGACCUCUCCACCCGCACCUAUGGCUUUCUGAAGGCCACUCGGACGGACACUCCGAUUCCGAAGUCCCAGAAAGGCAUGAGCGCCAAGACCCUCGUGGAAAGAUUGCACACCAUCCACGAUAAGAUAGACUAUCAAAUAGACUCUGUAGCCGACGAGGAAAGCGCUUCCUUAUCUUCUGAAGAGUCCGUGCGCAUGGGGAAGUCGGCCUUUGAGCAGAAGCGCAAACUCUUCGAUACCGCUGAGUUUACUAUAGCGCGGGGCCUUAAGCUAAGUCAGUUCUUCUGUCCCAAGGAUUCUGGUCUUCAGCUGCCCCUUAAUCUGAAGAACAUCGGACUCACGAAUUCCUUUGAGGAAAUGGAGAACUAUUGUCGCAGGAUGAACAUUGCAUUGGAUAAAUGAGUCGUUACUAUCUUGUUAUUGCAAUAAAACCUUUCAUACUCUUGUCCUCAAAA